GGGGUUGGGACUGUGGAGAGGGAAGUAUAAGCAGAGCCAUUCUCAAAAGCAAUCAUCCUCGAUUAUCAGGAUCCCUUUCUCACUUUAACAACACGGUGCAGGGUUCCUGUGUGAGCUCGAAGGGAAAACAUUGGAUACAUACGUAUUGAUCUUCACAUCGUGACUUCAUCCUCUGCACCACCUGGAAAAACCAUGAUGGAAGAGGAGAUCGUCGAGGACCGGGCCAAACUGAAGCAGGGCCUCAUCAAAGUGCUAGAGUGUGUGGCCACCAUCUCCUCAGCAGCAGCCGUGGUUAACCCCAUUUUUGGCGUGGCUGGAUCCCUGAUCCGCGUGGUGCUGCACCACGUGGAUGACGAGGACAUCCGCACCCUGAAGCGCGAGUUUGGUUCAGUCAACCGGGCGCUGGAUGAGCUGUCUCAGCAGAAUCGCAACACGCUGGUGCAAAUCAAGAAGGAAACGCUGGACGGUCAGUACUGUCAAGUGGAGGAGAACCUGAAGAACCAGUUCAGAAAGUUCAUGGAUAUGGUGGAGGCACGGCCUGAGCUCCGCACCCGCAAAAGAGAUGACUUUGAGGAGAGCUAUGCCAAUGACUUGGGCGACCAGAACCUGCACACGCUCUAUGACGGCGUGGUGGGAAAACCAAAGCUCUUUAGUAAGCCCAUCCUUGAAGUCUACCUGAAGCACUCGCAAGGCGACCGCCUCACAAUGGAGCGACUCUGCACACGCCUCACCUACCUGUUCUGCAUCGGGCUCAUCGCCCUCAUGGGCUACGCCGCCAUCAUCGGAGACGACGAGGAGGGGCUGAGCGAGGAGUGGGCCGAGAAGAUGGAGCAGGUGCAAGAGAAGAUGCAGGAGGCUCUUCGCAAGUGCAAAUAAAGAAAAAGCAUGAAAAGGAGCUUUUUUUCUCCACUGCUGCUUUUUCUUCAUAUUUGGGACUCAUCCACAUUCCUCCUAUCUUUUUCUCUUCUUAGACGCUCUUUGUAUGCAUCUGUGUUUGCUAAAUGAAAGUCUAGCGAUAAUAUUGAGCCGCAAUGUGGCUUGUUCUUUUCAAAAACACAUAAUUUGUCUGAACUUGCUGCAUGUGAAAGUUGCAGGCAUUUAUUUUGUAUCCAGACUGACGUUAAGACAACAGAAUUACAAUAUGUGCCUGUCUUGUAUUGGCUUCAUAUCACAAUUGGCUCAAAUGUACAGAUUAAUAAUGUACAUUCCUCCGAUUAGCUGAUCAAUUUGGCUGUUGUGGUUUCAGCCAAUAUAAAAAAAUACAGUGCAGUUCAUCACAAAUCUACUCUAAACACUAAAUGUUAGCAAUCAAUGUAAGGAAAUUGUACUGUUAGGGAUUUUAACAUAAUCUAUUAAUCAAGCUUUGGCAUAGAUGUACCUUUCUUCCAGCUUUAGUGGCUGACAUUGAAAUUAAUGUCUCCACAUUAUGCACUUUUUGAAAAUACUUGUGUUGGGAUGUGAAACAAACCAAAGUAAAACCUUUUAAUUCGAGGCAAACAAGUUUAGGCUCCUGUCAUACACAUAUAACACCACUAGAGGGUAUCCUAUGAGCUCUUUAAAAUUUAAACCAACUGUUAUUUCAUGCCACUGAUGUAGUAAUUGCUACCUUUUGCCAAACAGGGAGUUGCUAUGAGUUGCCUCGUAUCUAUAAUUUAAAAAACCAAGAAACAAACAUCUCAAAGUUUUCAGAGCUAUGAAUGUAACUAGAGCGAUAUAAUCAAUAUACUACACAUCCAAUACUUCCAUGUGAAAAUUGGCAAGAUAUAUUCUACAGGUAUGUUAUUGAUGCUUGGAGCUCAUGAUACACUAUGCAUACUUGUUGUUUUCCAACACUAAAUUAAUCUUAUUGUACACUAAUAUUUCUGAUGCUGCUGUACUGAGAUCUUUAUUUUCUUUACUUCCAGAGUUUUUGUUAAGUAAUUGAAAACACUACCAUUACGAUUAAAAUCAAAUUUGAUGGAACACUACAUCUGACAAUAUAAGCACUUCUCUAUCAAAAGGAUACACUAAUCUAAUGUAAUUUGCCAUUCAUGAGGUGAAAUUAGAAAUGGCUUUAAAUGUGCGUACACUUUCAUCACCCAAAACUUUUUUUUAAUGUUUAUUUUAUGACUUAUGUGAUAAAUGUGAGGAACUGUUAUAUUAUAGGAAGUUAUAAUGUCACUUCUACUCUCCUGUGCAAUCACUCUUAUUUUUUUUUAUUUGGUGUGAACUACAGCCUAAAUGCAAUGCAGGAGGUGCACCAGGUGUUGCUGCAAUAUAUAAUAUAUAAUAUACAUAUUAUCAUGUAUGGUCAUUUAAGUGGAUUUUGAACAUAUAACACAUUAUAUUAUGGCUCCCUUUCCCCCCUCAUCUGACCAAUAGUGCCUCGAUCUGACAUUAGUUUUUGUAUUGUUUUGUUUUUUUCUUUUAAGGAUUUUUGUAUUAGUUUUUAAGUACAUCAUUGUAUAAGGUUUUGAAUAGUCUAUAUACUACAGCUCAGAUUUAAUUUAGUCCCUUUGUUUUGUGUUAGCAAACAGGCAGUAUCAGUAGUAACAGAUAGGUUUGGAUCACUGUGUCAGGACAGUUCAGAUUGUUGUCAGAAUGUUUAGUUUAAUUGACUAAAUAUGUGAUUACCAAACUAAAUCUGACUGUCAUUGAUGGUUUUAAUUUCAUCUACUUAAAGCAGUUUAUAUAUCUGUUUAUAAUAUUUUUAAGGUCGGUAAAUUUGAGUCGGUCUUACUGCUCUCAUCCUUUAAAUAACCAUGUCCUAAAGUGGUUAAUGCGCCAUUGUGCCGUAUAGUAAAUGCUACAUAAACUACAGUCAAACUGCUCUGCGGAGGAACAAUACACAAACCUCUUGAUGCUUUUUUGAAAUGUCAUAUAUGUGAAUAUGUUACCUUUUUUUGUUAUGGAUCUUUGAUGCCUGGUUGUAUAUGCACCAUUAUAAAUAAACAUCAG